AUGACGCCGGUGCUACGAAAGCGCUCACUUGCCGACACGCAAACCCUCACAGCAGGCGACGGGCCCGUUCCCACCGAGUACAACGAUGCAGACUACGUUCGCGAGGUGCUACAGCUGCGUCCCGGGCAGACAGAAGCGUUGUUGGACGAUCAUAUCAUACGGGAAGCGGGGAGUUUAGGGAUCACAGUGGUAUCACGGCCGGCGACAACGAAGCUCGAUAAUGCCAUUGACAACUCUGUAUCCGACUCGGUGCUGUCGCAGCAUGCGAGGACCGUCUCUUCUGGAUCACAGCGAAGCCAAUCCACUGGCAUGACAUCGAGAUCAUCUCACGAUUAUCACUACCAUUUAGACGCCCCUCAAUCGAAGCGAGGGCCGGCCUCGAAGAGGAGUUUAUCAUUCUCUGGUUAUGAGAAAUUCUUGGAACAAGCCGAUACAUCAAAUACGACACCGAAAUGUACGAUACCUAUUCCUGUAGAGCGAGCGCCUUCGCUCUUUUCCGUGUCGACGAAAAAGUCAUAUGCUAGUAUCAAACGUGGCUUGAAAAAGUUGCGCUUCCGAAAGGGUAGUGCAUCUGCGCCGAAUAUGAAUUCUUGUGUGUGCUGCCGGGAAGAAUUUCUAGGGAGCGAAUCGUUGCAUACGUUACCCUGCGUCCAUAAAUACUGUAACACGUGUCUGCGAAUUUUGAUCACUCAGUCCAUGAAUGAUGAAGCUAAAAUGCCUCCACGAUGCUGCACACAACCGAUUCCUGGGCCCAUUAUUCAGCGCGUUUUAACGAAAGACGAUCAACUUAUAUUUAUGAAGAGUGUGGUGCAAUUCGGCACACCAUGGGAAGCUCGAGUAUAUUGUCCCAGUUCUUCAUGUGGAGAAUUUAUCCCAAGGCGAAAUAAAAUCGAUCCCAAAGCUCCAUUCGAGGUGUCUUGUCGAAAAUGUGGAACCAGGGUAUGUUCAACAUGCAAACGGGAAGCACAUGGAUUUGGACAGGAUUGUCCUGCAGACAUGGAACUUGACGCUGUUCUCAAGAUGGGCGAGCGUUCAGGGUGGAAAAGGUGUUAUAAGUGCAGAAAUAUGGUGGAAUUGACACAGGGUUGUAGUCACAUCACUUGUCGUUGCAAAGCACAAUUUUGUUAUAUUUGUGGCGCUGUCUGGGAUCCGCUAAUCGGAUGCCCCAAUUUCUGCAAUGGUGAAGAGGAAUUGGAACGCCGAAGACUUGAAGAGGAAGCUCGAUUGUUAGAGCUGGAGAAGGAGAAGGUAGCGAGAGAAGAAGCAGAAAAGCUAGAAGCUGUAGAGAAAGCGGCGGCUGAAAGGCGCACAGCAAACAGUCGAGAUCUCAAUACACUCAGAGAACGCCAAAUGAGAGAACGCGAUCGCUUCACUUCAUUCGAGAGGAAAAUGAAAUGGGUAAUGUGGACUCGCCAUGGGCAAGCGAAGCUUGAUGUCUUGGACCGUUACGCAGAAGCUCUAGCGAAAAUGAAAGAACGCCAUGCACGUACAUCAACACAUCUGGAAGAUCGUCAAGUGGCUGCAGAAAUGGAAUUAAGAGCUAGUCAUAAGCAGGCGGAGAGAAGUGUUAAGAUCCGGCUGCGACACAUGGAGGCGUAUUGUGACGGUCUUGGACGAAAGGGCGGUGAAAGAGCCACAGCCAGAGUAGUUACGGAACGAGAUUUGAGAGAGUUGGGAAAGCAGUAUAACUUGCGCGACGACAUGGAACGGCUUCAUCAAAGCAAGGUCAAUGUCAUGCGGGAUAAGCAAUCAAAACAAAUGGAACAGCUCCUUACCCGGCAAGAGGAGGAGUUAGAAAAGCUUGCCGCUAGGCAGGAUGAUGAACUCGAUGCUUUGGAGCAAAGUUUUGUUGACGAGGAGGACGGGUUCUUCGCUGUUUUCCAAGAACGGAAGAUGAAGUUAAGGAUACGAUGGGAUGUCACCGAGGAAAUUUGGAGGAAGAAGCUUGAAGCCCGAAACAACGUCAAAUAUGCGCCAAUUGUUCCCGUGGAAUUCGAACAGGAUAAUAUCUUGGAUGAUACGCUCGCAUCUGUCCUUGAAUAA